GGAUGGUUAAUUUGCCUGAAGAGGACUUCCUCCCCCACUCCUUCCUCCCCCUACGAGGCGGCCCAGCAGUGCGGAGCACCAGAGAGAGAGAGAGAGCGAGAGAGAGAGAGAGGAUUACUUGUCCUGAGCAAACUCCAGACCCCUCUGGAUCCAGAGAGGUCAUCUCAGACUCGAUCGGCGACAGGAACAUUUGAAGCACCACGACGAGAUAUAAUUGCUCCUGGCGACUUGUAAUAGGUUACUUGUUCAUUUUAAGAGUACCAAGAGAAGAUUGGCUAAUGACUCUUCUAAGCCAGAUGCAACUUGUGAAAGCACCAAGCUGAUCUCCAAGUGCUUCUAGCUACGAGGGUGUGGAGGCGUGGAGGCAUGGAGGCCUAGCCGACUAAAUAGCAAGUUUAAGAAGGUCUCAGUCAGACGACAGCGACAACAACAACAACGACAGCUCCUUAUGGGAAAGCCUGAUGUUAUUGGCAUUUUAGGUGUUCUUGGCGCCAUUGUUUUCUUUGGCUCCUUCGCUGCACCCAUCAAGUGGCUCACUCUGAGGGGUGAAAAGGUGAACCCAAUCAUCUACCAGGGGUACAAGUCUCUAGCCUGCUUUGCCAGUUGUCUUCUCAUUCUGCUCUUUGUGGAAGCCAAGUUUACGCUAUGGGGUUUCGUUGGGGCAGCGUCCUGGGUUGUCAAUGGGAUCGUGGCGAUCGAGGCUGUGAAACGCGCAGGCAUGGCAAUAUCUCAAGCUGUAUGGAGCAGCCUGAGCAUUUUUGUGGCCUUUGUGUGGGGUUCCUACGUCUUCAACGAGCCGGUGAAGAGUGUGGGCAUGUCGGCCUUGGCGCUGACUCUCAUGGCGGUUGGCAUGGUGGGCGUCGUGGCCUCCAUGGCUCCAAGGCAGGUGGCUAUGGCAUCUUCUUCCAACAUAAAAGCGAGGGUGUGCUCCUCCUUUCUCCGUCGGUUUCCUCCGUGGCCGCUGCUGGCCCUAGCUGCUGCCAAGCACAAGGGUAAGCAGCAUGACAACACGUCAUUAUGUCUCGACCCAGUCCUGCCAAAGAUGGCACUGGACUCAAAGAAAAGGGGCGCCGCCUUGAAGAAGAAGAAGGCUGAUUCCAAUGCAGAAGGGGAAGCGGACGACGAGCGGCUGGAAGAAGGCCUCCAGCCGUUGUCAUGCCCAUCUCUAUCUCCAUCUCCUCCUGAUUCUCCGUCUCCUUCUUCUGCAAGGGAAAGCAAACUGAGAUCAAGUUUCAGUGAUUGGAGCACCAAUGGCGGAAUUGAGGAGUUGAUGGAGGUUGGCGCUGAGGGACGAGGAGGAGGACAAGGAGGAGGGGGAGGGGGUGAAGGAGGAGGAGGAGGAGGAGAAUUGACAUCACCGUCACCAUCACUGCCACGAGUAGCAGGAGGAGACGAACGAGCAAGCAAAGGAAUCCUCAGAGAGGGCUCCGGGGGAAACAGGGAGAGGGAGAGGGAGAGGGAGAGGGAGAGGGAGAGUAUGGUAAUUAGCAGGUUGUUGCUUCUGAAGGGUGACGGAUCGAGGCUGUAUGGAAGAAAAUACAACAAAGAUGGAAGGUUCUAUUGGGGCCUCAGCUGCGCUAUCUGCGUCGGGAUGCUCAAUGGAAGCUUGAUGAUACCCUUAAAGUUUGCCAUAGAAGAAUUCACUGCUCUCGAGUACUUGGUGUCUUUCGGUAUAGGCUCUUUUGUCGUUACCGUCAUAAUGAUGACGAUGUACGUGACCGGCGCGCUGUGCCUGAGGGUGAACUUGAUGGCCGCAAGAUCGCAGCUUAAGAACACAGCUUGCCCCGCACUACUCACAGGCUUGCUGUGGAGCGCAGGAAAUUUGUGCAGCAUCUAUGCUGUGCAGAACCUUGGGAUGACUUUGGGGUGGCCCUUGGUGCAGUGUCAAUUGCUUAUGAGCUCGAUGUGGGGCAUCUUCUGGUUCAAGGAGGUUCCCAGAGGAGAGUCAAUUGCUCUUUUCUUGGCAUCGUCAGCGACAGUCCUUGCAGGAGUUUUCCUGCUGUCCUUUUAUGGUGUCUACAGGUCUUAACAUCAUCAUCAUCAUCAUCAUCAUCAUCAUCAUUAUCAUCAUCAUCAGCAGCAGCAGCAGCAGCAGCAUAAUCAUCAUCACCACCUCCCUCUUCUUCUUCUUUUCCUUGCACAAUGAGGGCCUGUGAUAGCCUGGUGGAUUGUUGCAGGUGUGAAUGUUCUGCCUCAUUGUGUAUCUGUGACACAGAAGAUGGAAGUAAUGCAGAGGAAAAAUCGGAUUUAGAGUGACUGUACAAGGUGUACUAUGUGUGUGUGUGUGUGUGUGUGUGUGUGUGUGUGUGAGAGAGAGAGAGAGAGAGAGAGAGAGAGAGAGAG